AUGCCCAGCUCGAGCUCCCCCUCGGCCUUUGCGCGCGUCGCGGCGCUUCCUGCCUCGCUCGCGGACAGCUUUACGCCCAGCGACCCCAUCCGUGUCGUGGAGGUUAGCCACAAGUAUCUUCCCCCCGGGCCGCCGAAUGUGAGUGUUGCCUCUCUUGGCUUGGCUUGGCUUGGGUUGGUCUGCUGGCCUUCCGCGAGAGAUGAACUCGGUGCUGGGGCUGUGAUUGGUGCACCGAGCGCACCGAUACCGAUCCACGAGAAAGAGGAAUCGCAGAGAGGCAAACAAGCAGCUAGCUGGUGUGCGAUAGCUGAUUCCCAGGUCGAGAACAUCACUGGUCUCCCCGAGUUCACAACGCCGGGCGGACCGAACAACUAUGUGAUGAAGAAUGUGAGGAGGGAAGGUCAGAAAGAUGCAGGUGGGACUGUCGCGGCAGUCUACGGCCGGGCGGCAUGGAUCGGCGGCCAACCCCGUCCUCUCCCAUACCUCCCGCGUAACGCCCGCGCUAACACCCCAGUCGACAAAGCCUGGACGCAAGGCUUCUUCCCCGGCCUGCUCUGGCUGACGCUCGAGCGUGAGCGUCUCAUCAAGGGCUCUCUGCCUUGGCCAUACACGACCGACGACCUCGAGUCCAUGGCGCGCGAGUGGCAGGCGUCCUUCCGGAAACACGCACGCACGGCGAUCAACCAUGACCAGGGGUUCCGUUUUGCCAGCAGCUACGGGCGCGAGCUCAAGCUCACGGGGAACGAGGAGUGCAAGACUGUUCUGAUUGAGGCCGCGGAGAGUCUUUGGGACAGGUAUGAUCCUAAGAUCGGCUGCAUCCGUUCCUGGAACCAGAUGAAGAAGGUCGGCGUCCCCGACAAAUACCGGCGCGACAACCAGAACGAGCACUUCCUCGUCAUUGUUGACAACCUGAUGAACCUCGACUUCCUCUUUGACGUGAGCGAGUGGACCGGAGACAACAAGUACCGCGACAUGGCCAUCUCGCAGGCGGACAAGAUGCAGACGGCGCAUGUGCGCCCGGACGGGACUACUUGGCACGUUGUCAACUUUGGGCAUGAUGGGCAAGUUCUCGAAAGGAUGACGCAUCAAGGAUACUCGGACGACUCGUGUUGGUCCCGCGGUCAGGCUUGGGCAAUCUACGGCUACGCGCAGAUGUCGCACCGCACAGGACGGAAGGACUUCCUCGCGACGACACGCAAGGUCGCCGAUGCCUUCCUGUCCCGUCUCGAAUCCUCCGGUCUGCCAGCAUGGGACUUUGACGCCCCCCGCAACCCGCUCGUCUACGACACGUCCGCCGCCACGAUCACCGCCUCUGGUCUUUUGAUUCUCUACCGUGUGCUGCGCGAUCACGAUCCCCAAGCGGCCGACCACUACCUCUCCUCGGCGUUUGACCUCAUCGACUCUGUGAACCGGGAGUGCAGAGCGCCUCCCGCCAAGCUCGAGGACGGCAAGGUCAACUGGGGCGAAGGGGGGUGGGAGCCCAUCCUCAUGCACUCGACCAUCAAUGGGAACGAGCACGCCGAGGAACCGUCCAUGGACACCGGGCUCGUGUAUGCCGACUACUAUUACGCCGAGUUCGGCAAUGAGGCCAUCAAGCUCAGGGACGAGCUUAAGAAGACUCUGAAGAACUGA